AUGUCUGUGGCUCGGCUCUCCACCAAGGACAACGAUCGGGAGUCCAAAAAGUCCAGGAAGGGAGCCUCACCUGUGCUGGGAUUCUCGGACGAGGAUAAGAUCGGAACCAUUCAACCCCACGACAAUGCUCUGGUAGUUACACUCAGGAUUGGGGGGUUUGAUGUGAAGAGAGUACUGGUAGACCGAGGCAAUACUGUGGAAGUAAUGUACCUUGACCUGUACAGGGGGCUGAACCUAAAGCCUGAAGACCGAACGACGUAUGAUUCCCCUUUAGUGAGUUUCGAAGGGAAAAUCGUUACACCAAGGGGCCAGAUCAAACUACCCAUACAGACCGGUUUGGACGUGGUGGAGGUGGAUUUCAUUGUGGUCGACGCCUAUUCGCCUUACACAGCUAUAGUGGCUAGACCUUGGCUCCACGCCCUGGGAGCCAUUUCUUCUACACUUCACCAGAAGGUAAAAUACCCAUCGAAAGGCCGAGUCGAUAAGAUUGUGGGAAAUCAGGUCAUGGCCAGACAGUGCAUGGUGGCUGCCAUCUCACGCCAGUUCAAUGCAGAGUCCUCGGCCUCUAUUAGAAAAGACUUAUAG